AUGAUGAAAAACGCGGAUCCAAGGCUUGAUGAGGGGCUCCGACAUCGACCAUCGCCAAUUAUCGUUCGAACAGCACCACAAACCACCACCACCUUGUCGGCUUCCAAGAAUUCCACCAAUCAAGAAGAGUCUGAAACGACAGCAACAUCACACUCAGCAUUGUCAUUGCGAUCCUUGAUUAGCAACCAGGUAGCAUUAUGUACGCUGCCCAUUCUCAUUCUUGUGGUGAUUGCUUCCUUGGAUAAUGCGGAUAAGCAAUUGUUGGCGUCAUCCUUUCCUGUAUUGGAAAAGACGCUUCACCUGGAUGUCAAGACGCUUGGCUAUUUCUCCUUAUUUUCCAAUCUGUCAUAUGCUCUGAGCCUACCACUGUGGGGAUAUUUGAUGCACAAGUACGGUAUAGCAUAUGUUCAUGUCAUAUUGGCAGGAGCCUGUGCUUCGUGGGGUGUCGCUACAAUUGGCAUUGCAGUUUGGAGCUCUUCCACUAUUGGGCAGGCAAUCCUGAGAUCCACCAAUGGGGUGAUGCUGGGAUCCAUUUUGCCGCUGAGUCAAACACUUUUGGUGGAGCUUGUUUCCGUUUCCAUGCGAGGACGGGCCUUUGGCUGGAUGGGAUUAUGUGAGAAACUUGCAGGCAGCUUAAGUUCCGCUUCAGUUGUGUAUUGGGAAGAUCAUUGGCAAUAUUCCUACUGGUUGUUGGGAUCGUUUUCAAUUGUCAUGGCAAUGGUUGCCUACAAGGUGUUGAAUCCAUCUACUAUUUUGAAGAAUAAAUCUUCUUCUGAUCCAAGCCGACCCUUCUCCCCAACAAAACAAGAUGAACCUAAACUUAGCUUGCGCCAGAUUGUGCGCCGCAUUCUCCGUUUGCCAGCAUUUUCCUGCAUGGUCGCACAGGGUGUCUUUGGAGGAACACCAUGGGACAUGAUGUCUUUCUUGCUACUCCUAAAUGACUGGCGUGGAUUUACCAAAGAAGAGAUUGUGUCCAUUCAAUUCACUUCGGGAUUGACAGCUACCAUAGGGGCGUGGCUCGGAGGUGUCCUGGGAGACUAUGCAGCCGCAAGAGCGGCUUCCAAAGGGCGCAUAUUCGUUGCCUUUAUUUCAGUAGUGGGAGGAAUUCCUCUUUAUGGAUUGUUCCUGUUCGCAAAGUCUUACAGAGCAGGCCUUUUGUGGAUCAACUUGUUCAGUCUAUGGGCCACUUGGACUCCAUCGGCUGCCCUGCGACCAAUCUGCGCCGAUUUGACUCGCAAUAGUAGCGAACGAGCCCAAAUUAUUGCCAUGUGGAUCGUCUUGGAGAAAGCAUCCGGGGCAUUGUUUGGUGCACCUUUGGUUGGAUACUUGACUAGCAACAUGUUGGGCGGUGACGAAGCAGACGAGCCACCAGCAGAAAAGGCUCGUACUCUUGCUAACAAUCUGUUUUUCCUUUCCAGUCUAUUUUGGACGAUUUGUGCUGGUUUCUGGAUUGGGAUGGGGAUGACGAUCCAGCAAAGUUUGUCUAUUUCACAAGCACCAGAUGACAAGAACGCCAAGGCCUCGGAAAUGAAUCCUUUGGUAUGA